UGGCGACGCACAUUCGAACGGAGAACCGCACCUCUUCCCGCUACUUCAGCAUCCACCCCUCCGAAGCUGGUAUUAGUUUUCAUCCCGCAAACUUCUCGAGAAGCUGACUGGUGUCGGGGCCGUCGGAGAAGCCAGUGCCCCCUGAGGUUUUCAUCCCAAUCUUACUAUAGAGACCGUCGGCGAUAGUAUCGCCCGCCUGCGACCCCUCCGACCGAGACCUCCCAAGCCCACGUUCUAAUCCAAGCGCCAUGCUGCUCUCAUCCAUGGACCACCUCGGCUAUUACUCGAUGCCCAAAGACAACAACUUUCUGGAACUUGACGCCUCAGCGGGCGUUGCCGGGCCUGAUGGCUACUCACUGCCGCCCGAGGAAUUGGGUGUCGUAUCCUAUAUGAAUGAGGAGAAUAGCCCCAAGAAUGGCACCAAGUCGUCGCUGUAUAAGACGGAGCUGUGCAAGCGCUUCUCGGAAUUUGGCAACUGUCGCUACGGAGCCAAAUGCCAGUUCGCCCACGGCAUCGCCGAGCUCCGCCACGUUGUGCGGCACCCCAAGUACAAAACUACCAAGUGCAAGUCGUACUGGGGAUCAGGCCACUGCCCCUACGGUAGCCGCUGCCGUUUCAUCCACGAGGAAGCCGAGGGAUACGCGCAGCCGCAGUACAGUCCCCCGAGCCACUUGGGUGGAGGCAUGUUCCUUCACGAGAAGGACCGACUCGGUGGCCUCGGUGCAGGCGUCAUGGCCCCACCCCCGCCAUCGGUGGACCUCAGCUACGGCGGCGGUCUCUAUGGCGAGCCUCCCACUCCCCACCAUCUCCAACAACUUCGUCCGCAUCACCACCAAAUGAUGCCUUCUUAUCCUAAAGACAACUACUCGCUUCUGUCCUCGCUGGACAAGAGCUCCUCGUGGGGGGCGCCGGCUAUGAGCGCGCCCUCCUCCCUCCACCCUAAUUAUGCUGGUGAGCACUACGGGAGUGCCUCGCUGAAGCACCAGGGCUCGCUCGGCAGCAUUGGUCUGCCCCCCGCCCAACAACGAGCCGUCCCGGUGAACAACGCUGCAAAGAGCGCGUCGUCGCCGAGCUACCCGGACCUCCAGGAUGCCAUCGACGCAUUAAUGAAGUUCUCGCUCACCUCGGACGACGAGCCGAUCCCGGACACCGCUACCCCACCGGAGACUACCCCGAACCAGGCCGGUCGUGGCCGCCGUGUCUCCUCGCCUUCUCUCGCUUCUACAUCGACGGCUACUGCAACAAAGAAGACGGAGUUCUCUCUGCAGUCUGAUGAGCUGUGGAAGGACUUCCCGUCGACGUCGUCAGCGCCAUUUGCGGGCGACGAUCUGCAAGCCCAGCCGUGGUCCACUGGACUAUCGCUGAGUCUUGACAGCAAGCCGUUCGACGGCGUUGCGGCUGCUGCUAGCGACUCGAAGGACGCCUCUGGUAGUAGCAGCAACGACGAGGAGAGCCCCCGCCUCAGCGUGUUCGAGCGCUUCCAUUAAGGCGUCAUCGGAAGCGAAAAGGAGAGGUGGCGCUCUGUAUCUAUCUAUGAGCCCGUGCGUGCGCGGCCUGCUCCCGUCCAUCCUUGUUCGGUUUGGUCUUCGUGCUGCCCGCUCGUGUGUUUUACCAGCCCCUAUUUACUUUUCAUAUAAAUAUAUUAAGUGCUGCUGUCACUAGCAGUUGGAACCAAAUGCGCAC